CGUCUCGAUUUGCCAUUCAAUGACCUUUCUUUGAUAUUUCAAGCCUCAGAGGCAGCCUGGCCUCACAUACAUAAUCCACCUGAACCAAACCAUAGGAAUCAACAAUAUCAGUGGCCUGGCCUCACAUACAUAAUCCACCUGAACCAAACCAUAGGAAUCAACAAUAUCAGUGCCAUAGCACUAAACUACCAAGUUUUAGUCUGAAAGAAAUGGCCGAUGCAGAUAACAGUGGUACAAAACCCAGGUGGUCUCUUCAGGGACUGACUGCUCUGGUCACCGGUGGAACCAAAGGAAUAGGGCAUGCUAUUGUGGAGGAAUUGGCAGGUCUAGGGGCAAAAGUGCAUACAUGUUCUCGGAAUGAAGAUCAACUUAAUCAAUGCUUACAUGAAUGGGAGAUGAAGAAAUUUCAAGUGUCUGGAUCCGUCUGCGAUUUAGUUUCUCCAGCAGAGAGAGAGGAGUUGAUAAACAAAGUUUCAUCUCUGUUCAAUGGAAAACUUCACAUCAUUAUAAACAAUGUGGGAACCAACAUAACCAAACCGACCCUAGACUACACAGCUGAAGAUUUCUCAUUUCUGACGAAAACAAAUCUCGAAUCUGCUUACCACAUGUGCCAACUUGCACAUCCUCUUCUGAAAGCUUCAGGAGCAGGCUCCAUUGUCUUUGUCUCCUCUGUUUCUGGUGUGGUAUCAAUAAACACCGGAUCCAUAUAUUCUGCAACAAAAGCGGCGAUGAACCAAUUGACAAAAAAUUUGGCAUGCGAGUGGGCAAAGGACAAUAUAAGAAGUAAUUGUGUUGCACCUUGGUUUAUCAGGACCCCACUGGCUGAACCUUAUCUCAGUGAUGAAAAGUUUGGGGAGGCUAUAAUUUCUCGAACUCCUUUCGGACGAGUUGGAGAGCCUAAAGAAGUCUCUUCUGUAGUGGCGUUCUUAUGCCUACCUGCAGCUUCUUACCUAACCGGACAGACCAUAUGUGUUGAUGGUGGGGCCAUUGUGAACUGCAUAUAGGAUCCCUGAGCAUGAUUUAGAACCAAACAACAUAAAAGUCCCAAACCCCUUUUAUAGUAGUAUUUGUAAGAAUACAGAAUAAGAUACUUGUUUCUGAAGCAUCCUCGGAAGACUGCACUGCUUUUGAAUAGUUUCUAUUACCAUGGCCCUCACUGAACUUGCAGCAGCUUGACUGAUCAACAGGACUGUAAUACAUACAGAGUUACUUUCACUUUCAAAAUAAAUUCUAGGUUUUAUAUA